CACAUUGCGUUGCAUCUUGGGUAAUUUGAGUAUGAGUAGUAAGCUUGUCAUGCAUACUCAACAUUAUGGCGAAUCUAGUAUGCCAUCCGGGAACUUCUUGCCUACUCAAACUUGCAUACUUCGAACACAGCCAAGAUCUAUAUGGUUCAAGUACCGGAUUGUUUGAGCCAGUCGUUGGCGUAAUGAGUAACAUUCAUGGUUGAGCUAUAUAUUGCCCAAAUGUACGGGUUCGAAUCCCGUUGCUGGAGUGUGAAUAUUGUUUAUUUUCAUUUUUAUUUUUUGGCCAGCGUAUUUUGUGUUGUUGUCUAUAGGUGAUCUCGACAUGUGCAUUUGACAUGAACUGGUGAUGUUAACGUAUUUUCGCGGAGGUUUUCUCCGUUGUCUGGUCACACGUCAGACACACAAGUUACGUGAAAAUGACGAACCGGGCAACCACAACAUCUGGCGGCAAAGGUAAAGAAACGCCACCAGUUGAACCGGAAUCCAGUUAAACUGGAACACCGGCCCUGGGCAUAGGCAUGUGAUCAUAUAUAAAUGAUCCCAUACCUACAGCACCACACCCAUACUAAUAACCUGAAGACGUUGUGCACUUUGGCAGCGGUACUCUAUUAAAGACGUGAAUUUGCAGAGAUUUUGGGCUCGUCGGUCUUAACAUGUCGUCUCAAAGUAAGCGGCCUGUUUCCGUAUUGGGAACUAACGCUUUCGGUAGUAGAGCCGAUGCGGAGCAGAGUCUGGAGAUGGUGAAGACUUUCCUGGAUAGGGGACACGUGCUGCUGGACACAGCUAUCAUGUACGCAGACGGGAAGGCAGAGACGUUUAUAGGGAGCAUGAACCUUCCUAAAACAGUAAGCAUAGCUACCAAGGCUGACCCAUGGAAUGGGAAGACUCUGAAGCCGGACAGUGUGUGCUCCCAGCUGGAAAGCUCCCUUCAGAGGCUGCAGACAGAAUGUGUGGAUCUUUUUUACCUCCAUAUCCCUGAUUGUCAAAACCCCAUCCAGGAUACACUUAAGGCCUGCAAUGAACUCCACAAAGAGGGAAGGUUCAAGGAGCUUGGCCUGUCAAACUAUGCUUCCUGGGAAGUGGCUGAAAUUGUCAGCCUCUGCAGACACAACAACUGGAUUGUUCCCACAGUGUAUCAGGGGAUGUACAAUGCCACUACAAGACAAGUUGAGACCGAGUUGCUGCCAUGUCUGAGAUACUACGGAAUGAGGUUCUACGCAUACAAUCCUCUAGCAGGUGGCCUUCUGACAGGAAAGUACAAUAACCUAGACAAAGAUGGUCCUCUGCCUGAAGGACGAUUCUCUGGUGACAUCUGGGCUGCAGCAUACAGGAACAGAUACUUGAAGCAGUGUCAGUUUGAGGCAAUACAUCUGGUUAUUGAGGCGUUGGAGACAGUGUACGGCUCAGAGAAACCCACCAUGACAUCUGCUGCUUUGCGCUGGAUGUACCAUCACUCCCAACUUAAGGGUGAUCUUGGUGAUGGAGUGAUCAUUGGCAUGUCAAGUAUAGAUCAACUUCAGCAAAACUUGGCUGCUGCAGAGGAGGGUCCUCUGGAUGAGAGAGUGGUCACCACCUUUAACGAUGCCUGGAAUCUCGUAGCCCACGAGUGUCCAAACUACUUCCGCUCAAGACACAAAAUCUGUCCACCAAUCGAGCAGUCUUCGAGGGGUAGAGAUACACAGCAUGUUGUCUGAAUUAGAUCAAGCACCAGACAUAGCAAUGUUAAUGUCAAUACCAUGGAAACUGAAACACCAAAAUAAUUAUUUUUAUGUUUAUUUCUGGAACCAAAUACAUGAAUUCUCCAAUUGAUUUAGUUAUUUUUUAGUGCAAAUUCCCAAACAUAAGGUCUAAUUAAUGAAAUUAACAAAACAGACACAAAGUGGCAGUUGACCAUCCUGCCCUGUUGGCAAUCCAUGCAUUGAAUCCAAUAAUCCUUUAGGUACAUAAGCUACAAUUUGAAAUAGCACUACCAAAAAUAAUGGAAUUAACUCCCAGAUGUCUGCAAACUUUCCGUUAACCACAAAGGCACAUUUUUGUCAUAAUAAACAAAUAGAUCAACUUUAACUACAGAAACCAUAGCCACCAUGGACCCUAGAGGUAGUUUGUAUGGCAAUUACAUGGUGUUAAUUUGAUCACAACUCAUUUUGUCACCUCAAUAACAAAUUGCCUUUCAAAAAGGCAUACAAACAAAUACUUUGACAAAUAACAGGUUAAGCCACAUUCUAUGAAUGUCUGUUUCUUAUGUCAUUCGAAUAACCUCUAACUGUGUUUUUUUUCUUUGUUUGUGUUAAUGCUGAUUGCUUUGGUAUCAGGUUCUUUCACUUAAUUUUUAAGACAAAUUGUAAUUGUUUGUCUGAACUAGUUAAUCCUUUAUUUCUUUUGUGUAUCUGUUUUAGCUUUUCUUUCAUAGCUUUAUGUUGGUAUUGUAUGCUAUUUCUAUUGCGGAUCCUUCAAUAAACAAUAAACAAUAAAAUGAGUGGUUCUUUAGUCAGGAUACACUCUAAUUCAUAUGAA